UAUCUCUCAAACAGUUUCUUCAUUCUCUCUUUCUCAAGAAUGGCUGAUUAUGCCGUGGAUUCCGAUUUACACGUUGGUUCCAAGCGUAUAACCUCUACUGACACUGAUCAACAAGAAGAAACUCUUCUUCAACUUCCCUCUUCUCUCUCUGAGACCACCGCCGACCGCCGGGAUUCAACCCCACCAGACCGCCAAGAAGAAACAGCUAUCGAUCAUAGCUGCCCAAAGAAGAAAGCCAAGUGCUUUCCCUUCUUUCUGAGGGGAACCAAGAAAUGGUUCUCCAUUCUUUCACUCAAAAGAAUGUCUAUCUUUCUGGGCCUUUCGAGAAAGAAGAGAUAUAUGAUGUGGAGACCAACGAGGGUUCCUUUGGAGUUCAAGAAGUUGGUAUCCAAGUCAAUGCCAUUGAAGCUGAUAACAAAGGAAAGGAUUUGGAAUCUGAAAAUGUCUUGGAAGCUGAAAAGAAACGACUUUUGGAUGAGCUUGAAGUUGGAAACAACUUUGGUCUUGCGACGAACUCUUCCAAGAUUGAUGAUGUAAACAACGUUGGAGGUACCAAAGGACUUGAUUUGCCUGUUAAAGGGUCUUUAAUGAUUGAAGUUGUCGAUGAUACGGCUUUGAUUGGAUCAUUUCCUCUCUCCAGAACUGGAAAUGAAAGUGGAAAGGAUGAAAUUGAUUGUACCAAAACUAAAAGAUCAAGAAGAAAGGGAAAGAAUGUAAAAAAUGUUUUGGGGGAAUCUGGAACGGUGAGACAUACUGAGUCAACCAAAAUAUUUGAAGUUCAAAAUAGGAAGACAGAAAGCGGAAAUCAAAAUAAGACAAUGUACUCAAGAAAAGAGUUAGAGGCUUUGAGGUUUGCAAUUGGUGUGGAACAGAGGAAUUUCUGGAGGGAUGUAUAUAACAGUCUUGGUAAGAUGUGAUCAGAGAGUAUGAGG